ACGUCGCCUCUCAUUGGCUGCGACGCAGCUCCCAGUCGGCGUUCGAAGCCUUCUGAUUGGCCGAGAAAGACAGCCAGCGGUACUUCAAAGCAGGCGCUGCCAGCGCAAAGCCUGAGUCUAGUCCGCCGCAGACAGGAGGAGGAUCCGCACUCCCAGCAACCAGUACUAAGGAGCAGAAGGCAGAGGGCUGCCAGCUACUGACCCCGGGCAAAUCAUCCUUCUCCGUACCUGGGCAAGGGACGGGCUAUGGCUACGUCUAUACUUGGGGAAGAGCCAAGAUUUGGGACAACUCCUCUGGCCAUGCUUGCUGCCACCUGUAACAAGAUUGGGAACACCAGCCCCCUGAGCAGCCUGCCAGAGUCCAGCGCCUUUGCUAAGGGAGGCUUCCACCCCUGGAAAAGGUCCUCAUCCAGCUGCAGCCUGGGUUCCAGUCUUGGGGGAUUCACAGUCUCCACCAGCAGGGCUUCCGGCGCUCUAACUGGAGGGGGUGCCACCGCCAAUAGCGCCUUCUGCCUGGCCUCCACCUCUCCCACCUCCUCAGCCUUCAGCAGUGACUAUAGUGGCCUCUUCUCCAAUGCCUCUGGGGUGUCCCCGCAGGACGCAGGCCAGUCCGCCUUCAUCUCCAAAAUGCAUGGGGCAGCUGAUGGACUGUACCCCCGCGUGGGCAUGGCUCACCCAUAUGAGUCCUGGUACAAGUCAGGCUUUCACUCCGAGGUGGCCAAUGGGGCCACAGCCUGGUGGGAUGUGCACGCUGCCAACCCCAGCACCUGGCUAGAGGUGCAGAAUCCCCCAGCCGCCGCAGCUGCUCUGCAAGGGGCCCUACAUUCCGGGGGGCCCCAUGGCCAGCUCAGUGGCUACAGCCCGGACUUUAGCUCCCUUACCCACUCAGCCUUCAGCUCCACUGGGCUGGGUUCCAGCGCUGCCUCCCAUCUGCUCUCCACCGGGCAGCACCUACUCUCCCAAGAGGGAUUCAAACCGGUACUGCCCUCUUACCCGGACUCUGGCACCUCUAUGCUCUCGGGGGCCUCUGGACCAGGCAGCGGAGCUACAGGACGCUCCGCGCGCAGGUACUCCGGCAGAGCCACGUGCGAUUGUCCGAAUUGCCAGGAAGCGGAGCGGCUAGGUCCCGCGGGGGCGAGCCUGAGAAGGAAAGGUCUGCACAGCUGCCAUAUCCCCGGCUGCGGCAAAGUAUACGGCAAGACGUCGCAUCUGAAGGCUCACCUGCGCUGGCACACGGGGGAGCGACCCUUCGUUUGCAAUUGGCUCUUCUGCGGUAAGAGGUUCACCCGCUCCGACGAGCUCCAGCGGCACCUCCGUACCCACACCGGAGAGAAGCGCUUCGCCUGCCCCGUCUGCAACAAGCGCUUCAUGCGCAGCGACCAUCUCAGCAAACACAUCAAGACGCACAACGCAGGAGCCGGCGGAGGGGGCAAGAAGGGCAGCGACAGCGACACAGAUGCCAGCAACCUAGAGACCCCCAGAUCAGAAUCCCCAGAACUCAUCCUGGACGGGGUCCGGCCAGGAAAAGACUCAGGCAAUGACUCCUAGGAAGCGGACACUUUUUUUAUUGUGGCGCAGACUGAGCCAUCCCAGUGAAGGCAGCCACCUAUGAGGCGCAGAGCGACUUUGGACUUGGGCGCAGUGCAGGUGAUGCCACCUCUGGGGCAAGGUGACUCCUGGGGGUGGGUGGUACACAGAGACUCUGGGUAGCACUGUGAAGGUGCAAUAAUUCCAUGCUGAAUUGCACUGGACUAGCUUGUGCUGGCAAAAAAAAAUGGCAGAUCAUUCUUCUGCGAACUUUUGAGAGACAACAGCAAUAGCAUCAGUGGAGGAAAGUCACUGACUCAAAUCUACUUUUAUUUUAUUUUUCUGCCCUGGUUUUCACAAUCUUACAGACAACGCGGACCCAUAAUUAUGCCCUACUGGAUUAUGACAUUCAUAAGUGAGAUCGAUUCCAAAUCCAAUUCUUUGUCCUUAUUUAAAAUAUAAAUACAGACAUAAAGGUGAGAAGCACGACGUCAGAAAAUAGGAAUUCUUUGGACAUUCUCUGUAUUUCCAUUAAGCUGUAUAAAUAAGUUCCCCAGAGUUUGUGUUUAUUUACCAUUGCCCAUGUAACUGUCAUUAUCGAAAUAGUUUCUAUUUGGUGGAUUCCUGAAAUUCAGGAGUUAGUUUUAUUUCUUUUUUUUUUUAAUUAUAUUAAUUUCCGAUGCACUUUGUGAAAGUCAAUAUAUAUAUGUAAAAGAUAUUUAAUAUGUUGAUUUAAACAUUUGACACAGACAGGUAAAUUAAAUUCAAGGAAAAAAAUAAAAUAAAUGCUUUUAUCUGUACUAUAUAUAAAACAAAAAUAACCUUGAUCAUAUUUUGAUUUUCCUAUUAUUAAAGAAGUCUGAUCAACA